GCGACGUCAUGACGUCACCCACCGUACGUAGCGCGCUGUGGAGGAAUGUGCGGAAACUUCUCCUCACUUUUCUUUCUGCGCUGUUCGUCGAAGAAACAGAUAACAAAGCUGGAAAAAGUGACGGAAAGUCGGGUAAAGUUUGGACCUGAAGCCGGUGCAGAGCUGAAGUCAACAUGGCCGCUCAGACGGUGUUCUCGGUGGAGAUGUGUCCUGUGAUGGAGGACGGUCAGAGCCUCAGCGACAUGCCCAGGAACACGCUGCCCGCCCCUCAGCUGGUGAUGCUGGCCAACGUGGCGGCGGCCGAGGGCGGCGGCGCCGGCAGCUGUGACGGCGGCGCGGCGGACGAGAAGGAGAUGAUGGAGCUGAAGACGGUGGGAAGCAGCUACUCUGACAGCGAGGACGAGAGCAUCAUCAGGUACAGCUACGACAACCAGAACCACAGAGAGGUCUGCAUCAUCGAGUACCCCGACCCCCUAGGCCCGGGCAUCCACGCCGUGAUCGUAGGAAACGAGUCGGAGGAGGACGAGGAGGACGGCGGGGACAAAGCUGAAGAUCUGUCCCGUCCCACUCGGGCCCGCCCCUCCGCCGCCACCAAAAUACCCGAGCAAGGCAUCAAACGCAAAGGUAGCCCCGCCGCAGCCGCCGCCACAACCGCCGCCGCCGGGACGGAGAGAUCCAAGAAGAAGAAGCCCUUCCACUGCAAGCCGUGUCACUUCCAGGCUCAGAACGAGCAGGAGUUCGUGGAACACCUCGGCACGCACGGCGUCAGCAAGAUGAUGGUGGUGAACCGGGUGGAGGGGAGGAGCAAGGCCAAGGCCAAGGCGGCGGAGACGUCAGAGUCCCAGGCGCAGUCAGGAGGGGAGGCGGAGAGCGGCGGGGAGGCGGGGGCCGCCGGCGACAUCAAAGGGCUGAUCAGAUGUGAGCGGUGCGGAUACAACACCAACAGAUACGACCACUACAUCGCCCACCUGAAGCACCACAGCAAGGAGGGCGAGGACCACAGGGUCUUUAAGUGCACUCUGUGUCCGUACACCACCGUCAGCCAGUACCACUGGAGGAAACACCUGAGGAACCACUUCCCCAGCAAACUGCACACCUGCAGCCAGUGCUCCUACUUCUCCGACCGCAAGAGCAACUACAUCCAGCACAUCAGGACGCACACAGGCGUGCGUCCUUUCCGGUGUCUCUACUGCGACUACUCCAGCUCACAGAAGACCCACCUGACCCGACACAUGAGGACUCACUCCGGCGAGCGUCCCUUCAAGUGCGAGAGCUGUAACUACCUGGCAGCCAACCAGCACGAGGUGACCCGCCACGCCCGGCAGGUCCACAACGGCCCCAAACCUCUAUCCUGCCCGUACUGCGAGUACAAGACCGCCGACCGCAGCAACUUCAAGAAGCACGUGGAGCUCCACCUGAACCCUCGCCAGUUCCUCUGCCCUCUCUGCAAGUACGCCGCCUCCAAGAAGUGCAACCUGCAGUACCACAUCAAGUCCAGGCACUCGGGAUGCAACGUCGCCGUGGACAUCUCCAAGGUCAAACUGCGCGUCAAGAAACCCGGUCCUGACGGGGCAGAGGAAGACUCCAGGGCGAGCAAGGUGGACAACUCAUCCAGCGUCGACGAGGACUUUGACAUGGACGAGGACGACGGGGACGAAGGCGCGGAUUCGAGCCCGAUCAACCUGUCGAUCAGAAAGAGCGGGCGGCCCAGCAACGGCCAACCGGCGGAGGGUGAAGCACCUGACAAGGCCCAGAGGAAAUCCAACGUCUCAUCUGAGAAAGAGAAACCGCCGAAGGUGAAGGACAAGGUGGAGCCAGAGAGGAAGGUCACGACACGGCAGAAGAAGACCGAGAAGGUGAUCGAGAAUCCUCCAGAGACCGCAUCCGUCAAAGAAACCCAGACGGAGACGGAACCAGCUGCUGUUAGUACAGAGGCCAAGAUGAAGAGACGAGGCAAGAAGCUGGCGGCGGAGAAAACAACCGACCAGGACCAGACGGAGCCAGAGAAACCUGCCCAGCAGAGACCGGAGGAGGAGGAGGGACCAGCGAGGCAGAGAGAGGAAGAAAAGCCAGAGAAAGAACACCAGAAGAAUGAGAGCAAAAGCCUCAACAAGCCGAGGAAAUCUGCUUCCAAAAAGUCAGAGAAAGGACCAGAACCUGAAGCUCAGCAGAAACCGGACAGUCCUGAGAAGGUCCAGAAGAAGGCUGUGAAGAGGAAAGAGGCCGAGGCUCUGGAUCUGUCCAGAAAGUCCUCGUCCGAGACUCCGUCUAAGGCCAGACGGCUGAAAGCUGCAGAGAAGCUGCAGAUGAAACCAGGAGACUCGAAGAAGGUGAACGACGCCGCUCCUGCAAAGUCCGACGGGACGACCCCCGUGAAGCAGAAGAAGACCAGGAACAAGAAGGCCCCAGGCCUCCAACCAGCUGUGGAUCCACCAGAAGACGAGACCACCUGUCCUGCCUCUGACGCUCCAGAAGGAUCCGCUCAGCCGGACAGCCCGACCCAAACCUGUGAGCCCCGCCCGACGCCAGACAGCCCGGCACAGAAGAAUGAAACCACUCCGAUCAAAGGUCCGGAGGAGGCGUCACCGUCCUGCAGCUCCACGGACGACCGCCCGGCGCCGGCCUUUGUUAAACCCACAUCACCGCCUUCUCUGGUGCUUCCAGGCCAGCGAGGCAAACCUGCCGAUCCCGAGGACGACGAGGGCAUCCACAGCAGCCACGAAGGAGGAAGCGACAUGAGCGACAGCGCUUCUGAGGGCAGCGACGACUCCGGCCUCAACGGCGCCGGGUCGGGCAAAAUGGCCAACGACCCCGAAACGCCCACCGACGAGAUCCCGACGCCGACUGAGCUCAAGAGUCACAUGUGCAUCUUCUGCGACCGUACGUUCCCUCUGGAGGUGGCGUACCGGCGCCACCUGAACCGCCACCUGGUCAACGUGUACUACAUGGACAGCACGGCCAAGGAGCAGAACUGAAGACCAGCAGGUUCUGCAGGGACCUCCUGAUCCCAGCCUCCUGCUCCAGAACCUUUCAGACUAAACUGUAGAAGACGGCACCAAACCUGCUUUUAUUAACUGAACACAGAAGAUCAAACAGGUUUUUAAGGUUCUGUUCGCAGCUUCGUGAGUUUUUGGAAGAACCAGCACGGCGCUCGAACGCCUCCUUCCUGUUUCUCACUGUCACGCUUGAAUGUUAAAUGACCCAAAAAUGUUCCAGAGUUUGGUGCAGAUGUGACACAGUUUUGGUUUGAGCUCGGGCUGCAACUAACGAUCAUUUUCACCAUCGAUUAUUCUGCCGCUCAUUUUCUACACUAAUCGAUUCGUUGGUGAAAAACGUGGAUCAGUGUUUCCCCAAAGCUCGAGGCGACGUCCUCAAAUGUUUUGUUUGGCCCACAAAGACCUUCAGUUUCCUCUUAGAGCAAAGAAACCAUGAAAUAUUCACAUUUGAGAAUCACAUUUUCUUUCUUUUUUUUUUUAGGAAAUUGACUCAAACGCUGAAUCGAUUGUCAGCAGCUGUAAUCGACGCAGCGCACUGAUAAAUUCUUAAAAGUAACCAGAUGAGGUGCACAGAACCAGAGCGUUCCCCAGAUCUGUCAGACUACGCAUCUGUAAAUCUGAUUCUGCUGCUCCGUGGCGUCCUACCAGAGCGCUGCUCUAACGUCUCAGAUUUAAUCACACUUUAACCUUUUCAUUCAAAUCAAUCCAACAUCCUGUUCCUCAUGUCCGCCUGCAGCAGCUUCAUUAGUUUUCCAUCGUUUCUCCUAAUUAAUUUUCGAGACAUUCGGCCGCAUCAGUGAUAUCAUGACCAUGAAAAGGUUCCCGUGCAGCUGACGCCGCCACCUGAAUCUUAUCAGAAACAUCUGGCUUGGGACUGUUGUAAUAUACUGUAUGUACACAAAUAUUCUUUUCUAUGAUUAAGUGCAUUUUUCCUUUUUAAAAAACAUUCAGUGCCUUCUGACAAUCAGUCCUGUGUUCAGACAUCGUUUCUGCAGCUUCGUCCAGAGAGACGCUCGCGUGUGAACAUUUAACUUUUUAUUUCUGAAAGCUGAAGCUCUCUCAGGUCAGCUUGUGUCCUUGUAAAUACUUCUGUGCAAUAUUCCCUGUAGUUGAGAAGCCAAAGUGAACCUUCACCUCUGACCUGCAGAGGACAGAACGUCACCUUCCUCCUGUCUGCGGUUGGAGCGCAGUGAAAUCGCACUGCAGCGACUUUAAAUGGGUUCGAGGAUGAAACUGAUGUUAUUUAGCUUUUUGUUUCUGUCACACGUGCCGAUUCAAACGUCCCAAAGAGCUGCAGUUCAGAGGAAAUAACACCGCCUUCAUCCUUUAAGGAGACAGAAGAAAACUCUCUUCCUUUAGCGGCUCGUUAGUCACUGAAGUCAGAGGAGGGCGGAGCUUCUGUUCUCAUAACGACAGAACACAUGAACUGAUCUCAUAUCAAUAAUCAAAAACUGUAAUUAGUCUGCAGGAAGUUCUUCACUCUUUAUUGUCUCAGCUAACAGAUUUCACUUCAUGUAUCAAUCUGCUUUUUUUAAAUAAACAUUUUCAUGAUCAAA